AUGGGUGACUACUCGAAAGCACUUGAAUUUUACGAAAAAUCACAUCAAAUCUACGACAAAGCGCUCCCUCCAAAUCAUCCCAAUUUGGCUCUGUCCUACAACAACAUCGGUCAAGUAUAUAACCACAUCGGUGACUACUCAAAAGCACUUGAAUUUUACGACAAAUCACAUCAAAUCUACGAUAAAGCUCUGCCUCCAAAUCAUCCCAAUUUGGCUCUGUCCUACAACAACAUCGGUCUUGUGUAUAACGCCAUGGGUGACUACUCGAAAGCACUUGCAUUUUGCGACAAAGCACAACAAAUAAGAGAAAAAGCUCUGCCUCAGAAUCAUCCUGAUUUGGCUACUUCCUACAACAACAUCGGUCAAGUGCAUAACAACAUCGGCGAGUACUCGAAAGCACUAGAAUUUUACGAAAAAUCACAUACGGUAAGAGAAAAAGCUCUCGCUCCGAAUCAUCCCGAUUUGGCUACUUCUCACAACAACAUCGGUGCAGUGUAUAACGACAUGGGUGACUACUCAAAAGCACUAGAGUUUUACGAAAAAUCAAAUAAAAUCUACGAAAAAGCUCUGCCUCCGAAUCAUCCGAGUUUGGCUCUCUCCUACAACAACAUCGGUCAAGUAUAUAACAACAUGGGUGACUAUUCCAAAGCACUUGAAUUUUACGAAAAAUCACAUGAAAUAAUAGAAAAAGCUCUCCCUCCGAAUCAUCCUGAUUUCGCUCUGUCCUACAACAAUAUCGGUGCAGUGUAUAACGACAUGGGUGACUACUGCAAAGCACUUGAAUUUCACGAAAAAUCACAUCAAAUCUACGACAAAGCUCUGCCACCGAAUCAUCCAGAUUUGGCUCUGUCCUACAACAAUAUCGGUCUUAUCCAUAACAACAUGGCUGACUACUACAAGGCACUUGAAUUUUACGAAAAAUCACAUCAAAUAAGAGAAAAGGCUCUGCCUCAGAAUCAUCCCGAUUUGGCUAUUUCCUACAACAACAUCGGUGCAGUGUAUAAGGACAUGGGUGACUACUCGAAAGCGCUUGAAUUUUACGAAAAAUCACUUAAAAUAAGACAAAAAGCUCUUCCUUCGAAUCAUCCCGAUUUGGGUACUUCCUACAACAACAUCGGUGGAGUGUAUAAGGACAUGGGUGACUACUCGAAAGCAUUUGAAUUUCACGAAAAAUCAUAUAAAAUAAUGGAAAAGGCUCUGCCUCCAAAUCAUCCCAAUUUGGCUACUUCGCACAACAACAUCGGUGCAGUGUAUAACGACAUGGGUGACUACUCGAAAGCACUUGAAUUUUACGAAGAAUCACAUCAAAUAAGAGAAAAGGCUCUGCCUCCAAACCAUCCCAAUUUGGCUCUGUCCUACAACAACAUCGGUGCAGUGUAUAAUGACAUGGGUGACUACUCGAAAGCACUUGAAUUUUACGAAAAAUCACAUAAAAUAAAAGAAAAAGCUCUGCCUCCAAAUCAUCCCGAUUUGGCUACGUCCUACAACAACAUCGGUGUGGUGUAUAACGACAUGGGUGCCUACUCGAAAGCGCUUGAAUUUUACGAAAAAUCAUAUCAAAUAAGAGAAAAAGCUCUGCCUUCGAAUCAUCCUGAUUUGGCUUCUUCCUACAACAACAUCGGUCAAGUGCAUAACAACAUGGGCGAUUACUCGAAAGCAGUUGAAUUUUACGAAAAAUCACAUAAAAUCUACGAAAAAGCUCUGCCUCCAAAUCAUCCAGAUUUGGGUACUUCCUACAGCAACAUCGGUGGAGUGUAUUACCACAUGGGUAACUACUCGACAGCACUUGAAUUUUACGAAAAAGCACAUGAAAUAAGAGAAAAGGCUCUGCCUCCGAAUCAUCCCGAUUUGGCCCUGUCCUACAACAACAUCGGUGGAGUGCAUAACAGGAUGGGUAACUAUUCGAAAGCACUUGACUUUUACGAAAAAUCGCAACAAAUACGAGAAAAGUCUCUCCCUUCGAAUCAUCCCAAUUUGGCUAUUUCCUACAACAACAUCGGUGGUGUGUAUGAGGACAUGGGUGACUAUUUGAAAGCACUUGAAUUUCACGAAAAAUCACAUAAAAUAAGAGAAAAAGCUCUCCCCCGGAAUCAUCCCGAUUUGGCUCAAUCCUACAACAACAUCGGUGGUGUGUAUAACGCCACAGGUGACUACUCGAAAGCACUUGAGUUUUACGAAAAAGCACAUAAAAUCUAUGAAAAAGCUCUGUCUCAGAAUCAUCCUGAUUUGGCUACUUUUUACAACAACAUCGGUCAAGUGCAUAACAACAUGGGCGAGUACUCGAAAGCACUAGAAUUUUACGAAAAGUCACAUGAAAUAAUAGAAAAAGCUCUGCCUCCGAAUCAUCCCGAUUUGGCUACUUCGUACAAUAACAUGGGUACAGUGUAUUACCACAUGGGUAACUACUCGAAAGCGCUUGAGUUUUACGAAAAAUCACAUCAAAUCUUUGAAAAAGCUCUGCCUCCGAAUCAUCCAGAUUUGGCUCUGUCCUACAACAAUAUCGGUCUUAUCUAUAACAACAUGGCUGACUACUACAAGGCACUUGAAUUUUACGAAAAAUCACAUCAAAUAAUAGAAAAGGCUCUGCCUGCAAAUCAUCUGGAUUUGGCUACUUCUCACAACAACAUCGGUCAAGUGUAUAAGAAUAUGGGAAGCUACUCGAAAGCACUUGAAUUUCUCGAAAAAUCACAUAAAAUAACAGAAAAGGCUUUGCCUGCGAAUCAUCCCGAUUUAGCUACUUCCUACAAUAACAUGGGUACUGUGUAUUUCGACCUGGGUGACUACUCGAAGACAUUUGAGUUUGUCGAAAAAUCACAUGAAAUCUUCGAAAAUGCUCUGCCUCCGAAUCACCCUCAUCUGGCUUUGCCAUACAACUGGUUCGGAAAGAUUUAUCGCAGCAUGAAAGACUAUCCAAAAGCACUUGAGAAUUUCGAAAAAUGUCUCGCAAUAUGGAGAAUAGCCUUAUCUGACGAUCAUCCGAAUGUAGCUUUUGCAUUUAGUAAUGUUGGUGAUGUUCAUCGAUUAAUAAGUAAUUAUGAAAACGCACUUGCAUUUCAUCAAAAAGCAUUAAAUAUACAAGAAAAUGUUCAAUGUAAUCCUAUGGAAUGUGCAACGACAUAUAUAAAUUUAGGUGAAACGUAUCGUGAAAUGAAAGAUUAUUCAACGGCAUUGAGAUAUUUCGAAAAAGGAUUAGAAAUACGUGAGAAGAAAUUGCCAAAAAAUCAUCCUGAUUUAGCUGUUGUAUAUAAUAAUAUGGCAAAAUUAUAUUUGGCUACACGAAAAUAUAGUAUGGCAAUGAAAAAUGUUCAACAAGCGAUAGAUAUAGCUCAAGAAAAAUUACCUUCAACUCAUCCUCAUCUUUUGGAAUAUAAAGAAACAUUUGAGCAAAUUCGAAAGGAAAUGUAA